AUGGCGAACGGGGCGGCAGCUAGUAUUCCCCUGGCUCUUCUUUCAGCGCCGGCCGACCGGCGGCGACAUGGGCACCCUACCGAUGGCCGUGAUUCAGAGGCUCAUGUGACCGAUGAUGGCCGCGUGGGAAUCGCGGUCGACGAAGACGAUCCGCAAGUAGCCAGUCUGCUACAGGCGCUCCAGCGCCGGCCAAUCCCGCAUCCUUCAGAGAUCGAGAAGGAGGCUUAUUUUCCACUCCGGCUUAAUGUGGUGAUACAUGUUGUUGGAUCGCGUGGUGACGUCCAACCAUUCGUUGCACUGGGCCGGGCUCUGCAAAAACAGGGACAUCGCGUGAGACUGGCGACUCAUUUCGUAUUCCGAGACUUUGUGAAAGAUAAUGGGCUGGAGUUCUUCAAUAUCGGGGGUGACCCGGCGGAAUUAAUGUCGUACAUGGUCAAGAACCCGAAGCUGAUCCCCAAGAUGGAGACUCUUGUUAAAGGGACUGUCGGGAGACGUCGCGGAGAGAUUCGAAAAAUGAUUGGAGGAUGUUGGCGGUCUUGCUUCGAAAGCGGCGAAGGCAUCGACACGACUGGUAACGAGGCCAUAACUGCGCUGCCAUUCGUGGCUGACGCAAUUAUUGCAAAUCCGCCAAGUUUUGCACACUUCCAUUGUGCCCAGAAAAUGGGAGUACCUCUGCAUUUGAUGUUUACGAUGCCAUGGUCUCCUACUCAGGCCUUUCCACAUCCCCUGGCUAAUAUUCUUACCCACGAUACAAGACCUUCCGUUGCCAACUUCAUUUCUUAUAUUCUUACAGAGAUGCUCAUCUGGCAAGGGGUGGGUGACUUGAUUAAUGAGUUCCGUCGCUUUGAGCUGGGCUUGGAUCAGCUGGAAGGCACAGGCGCGCCGAGCUUGCUCCACCGGCUUCGUGUCCCCUUCACAUAUCUCUGGUCCCCUUCGCUGCUUCCCAAGCCAGAUGACUGGCCCGAUCACAUCAAUGUAACCGGCUUCCAAUUUCUUCCCUCGAAUCGCGACUAUACUCCUCCACAGGAUCUAGCCGAUUUCCUUGAGACGGGGGCCCCGCCACUGUACAUUGGAUUUGGCCAACGGGCCAUCAUUUCAAAAGGAUGGGGUGGACUUGGAGCCGACGAAAUUAACCAACGUGAUGUAUUCUUCUUAGGUAACUGCCCGCAUGACUGGUUAUUCCAGAGAGUCUCCUGUGUGGUUCAUCAUGGUGGUGCUGGAACAACAGCUACUGGAGUUGCCUUGGGACGACCGACAAUCAUUGUCCCGUUUUUCGGCGACCAGCCCUUUUGGGGGUCUUUGGUGGCACAGAACGGCGCCGGGCCCCCGCCUAUUCCAAUACGAAACCUGACUGCAGACCGUUUGGCCAGCGCAAUCCAUUUCUGUCUGAAGCCUGACACUGCCGAAAAGGCACAGAAGCUGGGUGAGAAUAUUCGAGCAGAGGACGGUGCUCGCAGUGCAGUAGACAACUUUCACCAGCAGCUGGAUACUCAACGUCUUCAAUGUGCGCUGUGCCCUGAUCGUCCAGCCGUGUGGCGCAUCAAGAGCACAAGAAUACUGCUUAGUGCAUUUGCGGCCACUGUUUUAGUCGUGGAGAAGAAACUCAACCCAAAAGAUGUAAAACUAUACUAUUCAAAACGCUAUAACACAAACUAUGGCUGCCUAGGGACCGAGGCUUUCGCAGGAGCGAUGAGCAAUUUCCUUACCGGGAUCGUCGAAAUGCCGCUAAAUGCGGUGCAAAAUAUCCGACAGCCGCCUUCGGACAGAUUUGCUGCUCAUUAUAACCUACCUUCCCAUGAGGCAUACCAGACUAUGCAGUCACCAGGGUCGCCGAGAGUCUUUGGCCAGGGAGAAGGAACACUAAACAACGAUGCAAGGGUAACACCAGGCUUAACAGCAGCGACAACGAUUAAGUCUCAGGCGGAUGCACCGUCCAUGGCGACUAAAAGGGGUCCAUUGCAGAAAUUAGCGGCCAGCGCAAGCUAUAUGGGUCGUCGGACGCUAAAUUGGAUGGUAGAAGUACCCAUGGGGCUUACUGUGAUGUUGUCCCAGGGCUUCCAUAAUUUACCGCUCAUGUAUCAUGAUCGUGCUGUGAGGGAUACACCGGAAAUCACUGGCGUGAAAUCUGGUUUCGUAGCGGCUGGAAAGGAAUUUGCCUACGGCAUAUAUGAUGGAGUUACUGGACUAGUGACUCAGCCCAGCCAGGGCUGGAAUGACGGGGGAUUUGGUGGAAUGACUAAAGGAAUAGGUAAAGGAGUGGGAGGCGUACUUCUCAAACCUCAAGCCGGAUUAUGGGGAUUGCUCGGUUAUCCCUUAGAAGGAAUUCAUCGAGAAAUUGAGCAGUCAUACGGUGCUAAUCGAGUGGACUACGUGGUAGAGUCGCGAAUCAGGCAAGGGCUUAUGGAAUUGGAUACCGCUUCGCAAGAGGAGAGGGCAGCUGUGUUGGAUAACUGGAGCAGGCGUGAGACAGAAGGUCGGCAUUAAGUAGGAAAAGCAGCCUCAAUGAGCCCGGCAC